AUAAUUGAACACGGAUUACCGCAAAGCAAAACUUAAGCAGAAAGCUCCAGAAAACAACAAACACAGAACGUUGAUCAUUUUUUGAGUAUAUUUUUCAAAAUGUCUAUCAGCUGAAGCUGCAAUUUCGUAACAUUAAAACUUGGCCCUUGGAUAGCGUAGGAUCUGAUAACCCUCGGAUCGCCGGAAGAUUCGCCUCGAUCUCCUGGGUCCACUGACAAUGAAGUUUUGCAGCAUGAACGGCCCAAGUGAAUCGGAAGUUGAGAGCCUGCUGAUGAGUCCCUGCUGGGGACCGCCCCAGACCUCCGCCCAGGAUCAGUAUCUGCUCGAUGGGCACAAGCUGUUGCUGGAGCACGACCUGGACUCCCUGCCCAGCGAUGCGGAUCAGAAGAACUCGCUGGACGUGCUCGACAAUCUGCUGCUGAACGGUUCGUCGCUGAAUGCGCUGUCGGAUCUGAAGCCACUGCCGCCCUUCACAGGCUACACGGGCCACCUGUCCAUCAAUGGGAUCUCCGGCCACCAUUACCAUGCCAUUGCCCAGAGGCUGCCGGAUGAGAGCAAUAAUAACUACAUGCAGAGUGCCUAUCACCCGCAGAACCAAUCGAAUCCCACAUCCACCACGCAAUCGAACGGGGGCAGCAAUAGCAACUCCAACAACUCCAAUGAGCACAACAUAGUAUCCUCCUCCACCUGCUUACCAGAAAGUGUCCUCAGCGGGAGCGGCGGCGGAGGUGGUGGCAACGAUGCCUGCCUGGCGGACGUGAAGCUCUUCGCCGAUAGUCAACUAGAUUCUAAGCUUUACUCCGUGGCCGAUAGCUGUGUGAUGAACGGAUCCGGUUCGGGAUCCGGAGCUAAUGGCAAUGGAGCCGGUCCCAGCAUAGCCACCUUAACGCCCAUCGACCAGGUGGCCGAUUCCCUGCACAAUUCCGGCGUCCGCAUCUACAAAGAUCUGACCGAGUAUGUGGACAUGAACUCCAUUGAUGACAUUGCCGCCAUCAUUGGUUCCGCCAUUGCGGACACCACGGUGCCCAAUCAACUGGACAAGGAUGACAACAAUGACACACGGGAUAGCUGGAUGGAUCUGGAUGCCUGGAUCGACGGGAAUUGCAUACAGCAGGAGUCGGCCAAGGUUCUCGUAUCACAGCAGGAUUCUCUGGGUGACUUUAUCCUGCCACACAGUCCACUGCCCAUGCAUGCCAGUAGUUCCACGCUCCAGAGUUUACUGAGCCACGGCUACAUGCCCCUGCUGCAGAAUCGCCUCCAGAAUGGCCCGCCAAACGGCAAUUCCUCGGGCGGCGGCGGCGGAGGAGGAGGAGGAGCGAAUCAAGGAGCGGGGAUCAAGGGAGAUCCACAGGCGCCCACAUCUACCUCGUACUGCAAUGAACUGGCGGCGGCCACCAGCAGCAGUUGCAGUCCACCCGGUUCGGUGGUCAGCACCACGGACAAUCCAAAUGGUCUGAUGAUCAAUCCGCGCUACUUGAGUAAUCCGACCAACAAUCAGGCGACGGGGAAUCUCCACCAGCAGGGUGGCUAUUCCAUGCAAGUAUCGGGCCUCUCCCUCAAGGAUAAUGGCCUCUGUUCGCCGGAUCUCCUCGGUAACUAUCCGCAUACGACAACGGCCAGCACGACGGGCUCGGAGAUGCGGACUGGAGCGCCCAAGGCCAAGAGAUCCCGAUCCCAGAAGAAGUCCAACCAGCAACAGCAGCAACAGCAACAGCAACAACAGCAGCAGCAGCAGGGGGAGGGCGGUGGAGCACCCACCACGCCCCAAAUGAGCGCCAUUUCGCCCAGCGGCUUCAGUGCCAGCGAUCUGAGUGGCCUGCUCGGCAAGGAGAAGCCCGUGCACAGGUGCAGCAUCUGCAAUCGGGGCUUCCUCAACAAGUCCAACAUCAAGGUGCAUUUGCGCACCCACACGGGCGAGAAGCCCUUCCGCUGCGACGUCUGCGCCAAGGCCUUUCGCCAGAAGGCGCACCUGCUCAAACAUCAACAGAUACACAAGAGAAUUGGGCGUGACUGACGCUCCUCCACGAGCUUUAUGUUAUAGCCGAACAACCAGUAGCAUCUCCCAGGGAGAAAUUCCAUUCCCAGCACAGAAAAAUAAGAUCACACACUGAUUUGGCGAAACCGGAAUCGGUAUAAUCCCAACUUUUCAAAAACCACACAAUGACAUUCUCAAGAGUUUGACAUUGUGGACUUUUUGAAAAGUGCAUUAUACUUACCAAAACCGCCUAGUUUUAA